AUGUCGAGCUCAAUGGAGGUCCAGGUGCUGUCGCAGCCGCCGUUAGGAAAGUUGAACAGACUGGCGGUCUGUGGAUUUGAGUCCAGAGGAAUGUCGUGUGAUGGGACGCUUUCUCUACAAGGUACAGCUGUGAUGAAGGACUCGUUGUGGGGUGAGCAUGAACUUGAUUAUGUUGUGAUUACACGUGAUUUGUCGCUCAGUCGUCUUACUCCUAAUCCAUCUGAAGUGAGCGAUGUAAGAUUAGUCGACGAGCAGGAAUUGGCCAGAUGGGUAGCGACAGAACCAUCGUCAUUCUCUCCUUGGUUCCUGCUGUUCUACCGUCUACGAUACCUAUCAGAGUGGUGGUCAAAGCUUGAUCACAUAGAAUCAUAUCCAGUUGAUAUGAAUAUUGUACGAAUGAAUUGA